AUGGGGAUGCUGGCGCUUUUGCGCGCGCCCAGCACGGCGCCGCGCGAGGGUACAGGCGGACUCUUGCUGCUCCUGUCGCCAUUGCCACCGCGCUGUUCGGGCGAGUCGACGAGCAGUCGGCGGAACUGCUGGUUGUUCAUGGCCGUGGAGGGGCUGACCCGUAAGUCUCGAACAUACUUCCGGACGAAUUCCUUCUCUGAGCCGCACAGAUGGGUGUUCCGCCACGAUGGUUGGUAUUACAUGACCUACACGACCAAUGACGAUGUCACGCUGCUUCGAAGUCAGGUCCUCACUGACUGGAACAACGUCGAGUCAAAGGUCCUCUUCACCCCGCCGCCUGGCAAGAACUACUCUACCGACCUAUGGGCACCAGAACUCCAUCAACUCAACGGAACCUGGUAUGUCAUCUUCACGGCAGACCCUCGCAGCGAUUCUCCUUCUCCUGAAGUAGACAUGUAUUGUCCGUACAAUUGUCCAGCCGUCCACCACCGCAUGUACGUACUCGAAGGCCACGGCUCCGAUCCGUGGAGCGCCAACUUCGCCUAUAAGACCCAGCUUGACACCUAUGACCAAUUUGCCAUUGACGGGACCUACUUUCAGCACACGAGUGGUCUGUACCAUAUAUACAGCUGCUGGACAACCCAGUACGCCGCCUGGCCUGCAAACCUCUGCAUUACAAAACUGGAGAAUCCGUGGACCGUGGCGAGUCCCUUCUCCGAGCGCCAGAUCAUCUCUGUACCCAGUUUGCCAUGGGAGAAGACGCCGUACGGUCGAGCUGAGAAUGAUCGAUUGAGCAGUAAUGAGGGACCGCAGCAGCUCACCAACUUGCGCACUGGUCAGCAGUUUUUGAUUUACAGCGCCGCUCGUUCCGACAAUCGCAACUAUUGUCUCGGGCUCCUGGAACUCACUCUAGGUGGCGAUCCCAUGAAUCCGUCUGACUGGCACAAACACCAGUAUCCCGUGUUCUACCAGAACCCCGCCGAAAGUGCAUUUGGAGUGGGCCACGCGAGCUUCGUCCUGAGUCCGGAUGGCACGGAGGACUGGAUCGUGUAUCACGGCAUGCAGGACCCCACCAACGGCUGGUCUGCAAGGACGAUUAGGGCACAAAAGUUUACGUGGAAUGAUGAUGGGACGCCAAAUUUCCCCAAGCCGGGCUAUGGACCAUACGAAACCCCUAGUGGGCAGUAG